ACCUACUAUGUAUUCAACUUUGUUAUUCUUAUGAUUAUAGCAUGUUAUAUGUAUUCUUUAAUGGCAAUGAAGGAAGGGCUACAUCAGUGGGCUGUGGGCGUUUUCUGUUUCAUCUGUAAAACGCAUGCACUCUCAGUCACACUGCGGUGAUUUUUAAGCUGCAGAUCGCAUCAAAAUUGAUCAGAGAAAUACAUAAGUACGGCCGAGGAGGAGAUUGGAGAAUACGUCUGAAGUCCGUUUCGUUAACAAAUGCUCAAGAGACAAUAAAUGCAGGAGUAGCAAGAACACAGAAUUUCGCUAGCUCUGCUUCUUUGAUUGUUUAACUCUGGGAAUUUGUCCUCCUGGUUAUCCCUUUUCCCCUCCCCUUUUCUCUUUCCAGUUCCUCGCCCUGUCUCCGACGUCCUGCCUCGAUGCUGUAAAAGAGGAUGUCCAACCCAGAGAAAGUGCUCUCAUCACGCCCCCAGGCCCCCCUAGUGACGCCGGGAAAAAAGCCGCCCCGAAGCAGAAAUCCUCUGCAGAUCUACUCGAGUCUGUCGGCGGCUGUGGCCGAAAAGAAGUGGGGCUGCCGGGCAACCGCAGCGGCCAGCAGCAACAUCUGUGGAGAAACCGCGGUCUCCUCUUCUACUGUUGUUGGGCCAUUAAUUACAGCAGCAGCAACUUCAGCCUCACUCCCCCUUCUCCCAGCUCCGUACACUUUUCCUUCCACUUACCCCACUGUCACCCUCAACGUGGACAUCCCGCCCUUCCAUCAGGGCAAAAGACAGCUCCCACUCCCUGCUCCAUCUCCUCCAACACCGCCUCCUCCUACCACCUCCAGCCCGCGGGGCUCCAUCCGCCCGGACUCGCACAACAGUCACCAAUACCAGUACUGGGCCAAUAGUUUGGACAACAGCAGGAAUACAAGCACCUGCAGAAGGACUUACACCAAUCCCAGGAGCUCGACUUCCUCGGCAUUUCUCUCUGUCUCCUCGCCAGUCUUACUGGAAGCAGACAUGGAAGAUGGAUCUUCUUCAGCAAGCUGUUUUAGGAGAUUUGCUGAUUGCUUCUUGGGAACAAGCCUUACAGAUGAAAAAGUUAAAGCCUACCUGUCCCUUCAUCCGCACGUGUUGGAUGAGUUUGUGCUGGAAAGUGUAAGCAUAGAAACAGUAGAGAAAUGGUUGAAGAAGAAAAACAACAGACAAGAAGGUGAAUCAACUCCAAAGGAAGUGAGCAGGCAGUACCAAGAUCCAAAUAUUCAAGGAGUGGUGUAUGAAUUAAACAGCUACAUGGAGCAGCGGUUGGACACAGGAGGAGACAACAAACUGCUUCUCUAUGAGUUGGGUAACAUCAUUAAAACAGCCACAAAAGCUGAUGGAUUUGCACUAUAUUUCCUGGGUGAAUGCAACAAUAGUCUGUGCUUGUAUACACCAACGGGAGCUAAGAAAGGGCAUCCUCGACUGAUCCCAGUAGGGCCUAUUGGAUAUGGUUCUACAGUAGCAGCCUAUGUGGCAAAAACCAGGAAAACUCUAUUAGUAGAAGACAUUCUUGGGGAUGAAAGAUUUCCCAAAGGUACUGGGCUCGACUCAGGGACUCGGAUACAAUCUGUGCUUUGUUUACCAAUUGUCACAGCAAUCGGUGACCUCGUUGGUAUUAUGGAGUUACAUGGUUUCUGGGGAAAGGAACCUUUUACACUCAGCCAUCAAGAGGUUGCAACAGCAAACUUAGCGUGGGCCUCAGUGGCAAUACACCAAGUUCAGGUGUGUAAAGGCCUUGCCAAGCAGACUGAACUGAAUGAUUUUCUGCUUGAUGUUUCAAAAACCUACUUUGAUAAUAUAGUUGCAAUAGACUCAUUACUUGAACAUAUAAUGAUAUAUGCAAAAAACCUGGUGAAUGCAGACCGCUGUGCACUCUUUCAGGUGGAUCAGAAAAAUCAGGAGUUGUAUUCUGACUUGUUUGAUAUUGGGGAAGAGCAUGAAGGGAAACCCAUCUUCAAGAAAACCAAAGAAAUUAGGUUUUCUAUUGAAAAAGGAAUUGCGGGUCAGGUAGCCCGAACGGGUGAAGUUUUAAAUAUUCCCGAUGCCUAUGCAGAUCCACGCUUUAACAGGGAGGUGGACCUUUACACGGGCUACACAACCCGGAACAUUUUGUGCAUGCCUAUUGUUAGCCGAGGGGCUGUAAUAGGUGUUGUGCAAAUGGUGAACAAAUUAAAUGGAAGUGCCUUCACGAAAACAGAUGAGAACAACUUUAAAAUGUUUGCAGUCUUCUGUGCUUUGGCCUUACACUGUGCUAAUAUGUACCACAGAAUUCGUCAUUCUGAAUGCAUUUACCGAGUAACCCUAGAAAAGUUGUCUUACCACAGCAUUAGUACAGCCGAGGAGUGGCAGAACCUUAUGCGGUGUAAUAUACCAACAAUACUGUGUAAAGAGCUAGAGUUAUACCACUUUGAUAUCAGCCCUUUUGAAGAUCUCUGGCCAGCUUUCUUUGUCUGCAUGGUUCACAGGUCUUGCGGGAAAAGCAGCUUUGAACUUGAAAGGCUCUGUCGUUUCACUAUGUCUGUGAGGAAAAACUAUAGGCGUGUGCCAUACCACAACUGGAAGCAUGCUGUUGCUGUAGUGCAUUGCAUGUAUGUUAUUCUUCAGAACAACCAUGGGCUUUUCACAGAGCUAGAGCGUAAAGGCCUUCUUGUGGCAUGCCUAUGUCAUGACCUUGAUCACAGGGGUUACAGUAACAGCUACCUGCAGAAAUUUGAUCAUCCGCUGGCUGCUCUUUAUUCAACGUCCACAAUGGAGCAACAUCAUUUCUCGCAAACAGUGUCACUCCUACAGCUGGAAGGGCACAAUAUUUUCUGCAACUUAAGCUCAGAUGAGUAUGAGCAGGUGCUGGAGAUCAUUCGUAAAGCCAUCAUUGCUACAGACCUCGCACUCUACUUUGGAAACAGGAAGCAGUUACAGGAGCUGCUGCUUUCUGGAAGUCUGGACUUCAACAACCAGGCACACAGGGAUCGUGUAAUUGGCCUUAUGAUGACAGCUUGUGACCUCUGUUCUGUUACAAAACUGUGGCCUGUUACAAGGUUAACAGCCAGUGACAUUUAUGCAGAAUUCUGGGCAGAGGGUGAUGAAAUGAAGAAGAUUGGUAUUCAGCCUAUUCCUAUGAUGGACAGGGACAAGAAAGAUGAAAUCCCUCAGGGUCAGGUUGGAUUCUACAAUGCAGUUGCUAUUCCUUGUUACUCUACCUUGAGCGAAAUCCUUCCCCCAACCUCUCCACUACUGCAAGCUUGCAAAGACAAUCUCAGUCAGUGGGAGAAAAUAGUACGUGGAGAGGAAGAUUCAGUAUGGGUUCCUUCCACCUCUGUUUCAGCAGAGUCCUCCAUAUCGCUUCCAGUGAAAAUCGACAACUGAACUUUUGGAAACUGUUGGCCAAUCACCCAAAGGCAUGCUGUUAAAUGCGUAGCUGUGGAAAAAGAAAGUGAACUGCCAAGUGGAGGUAACUUGAAGGACUUACCUCAUCACUGUGGCUUAUCAGGCCACCUGGAUAGUGGAUUUGCCAGAUGAGAAGAAGAAUGGACAGUUUGUGAAUAAAGAAAACUGGCCUCUUCACGUGGGUUAUACUGCUGCAGCCUUAAUGUAAACAAUACAACAAGAGGGUACUUUUAUUAUAUAACUUUCUAGUAAAGAUGUAACUUGCUACAUGGUACUUUAAUACUGGGUUUGGCUUUAAUGCCUGCGCUGGUUGAAAGGAAAGUAUAUUACCUUUCAGUAGGAUGGUUUACAUGGUCGUGUGAAUGUUAAUGUAAUGUACAUAGUAUGAGACUGAACUAUUUACUGGUAGGUCUCUGGGUUUUAUCUAAUAUUGAGAAACAGUACUUGAAUCAAAUACAGCCUAUUUCUUGCUGCAGAUUGCAAAAAAGCAACUUCCAGAAGCAAGGCUAAAAAAUAUAGUCCUUAUAAAGCACUUGCUUCAUUGCACAUAACCAGGACAAUGUUGUGACUGCUCUCAUUAUGGGUUUGCACUUAAGAGAUCAGCUCUACAGGUUCUCACAACCACUGCUUUGCUGGGUCUUUACAGUGGCUGACUAGAAGGAGAGGGCUUUUAAUAGACUGAGAGAGAGUGAUACUCACUGAACUGAAUGAGCCUUGAAAAUGGCUUUGCCAAACAAUCAUGGAACAGUUAAGCCAUCCAAAGGUGUCUGUUUUUGUUAUGCUUUUUACCACUGUCUGGAUUUUUUCCGUUAAAUUUGUGUGUGCGGCAUAUUGUUGCUCAGGAAGCAACACAUCACAGUUUCUAGUAGAUAUCGGACUCCCAACAAAGCUAGAAACAGGCUUUUAUAGACAUGCCAGUUUUCCUCUUAGUAUAUCCAUUUUAAAUAAAUGAUAAUUCCUUAGUUGUAAAUGCACUUUUCUGCUGCAGUAACUCUAGCUUUACUGCUUGAUUGACAGCCUCCAACAGAGAAAAGCUGUGGUCAGAGGCAGUGAUGUGCCUAUAUUCUGGGCAUGCAAAGGUGUUGAAGUUUGUUGUAUAUCAUCAGAAGUAACAUCAUACAUUUUUGGCUUGUGCCCUUGUUAGAAUCUGAAAACCAAAGAGUUUUAUUAAGAUUGUAGAGAAAAACAUUGUUUACUGCAGAAAUUGGAGAUUUAUUGGAAUGACUAGAUUGCUUUCUAAGUUAAUGAUAAAAAGUUUUGUAAGGAACACCGCUUUGUAUAUUACGUGUUCCUGCUGGUUUUCUGACAAUAGCUGUGAACAAAUUUCCAGACUAACCUGGCUCUUGUGAUUUCAAAAAAAAAAAGAAAAAAAUCUCUGACUUGGAAGAGUCAAGGUUUUCAUACCAAAUGCAGGAAGUCAGUAGGAGACUACAACAGUGGAGAUAACUAAACUUUGGGUGUCUAGACUGUCUUGAAACAGCUAUUGCAAGAAAUCCUGACGGCGGUGGUGUUGACCUAGUAAUUUUAAUGCUUUGAGCAGCACAGCUCAUCCCAUGAGCUGGAUAACUCCAUUGUAAGAGGCAGAAGAAAUGAAUGUAGAACUGAUGCAGGAAGCUUAAGAAAAAUAGAAAAGCUAUUUGUUGCUAACACACAUACCUUUCAGAAUGCCAUGUGAUCUGCAAGCUUGGCUUCAUCUCCUCUGCUGCUGUUCUUUCUGCUUUCUUUUAACCUUAUGAAGUAGUGACAGCAGGGUUUUGCUAUAUCUGAAUAUACCUAUACCCAGAAACAGCACACGUAGUGAACAUUGGGUGCUUUGGGUAGCUGGGGGCUGUCUUACAAAUGCUUAUAUUAAUCAGUACUGUUAUGAAAUAAAGAAUAGUUACCACAAAGGAAGGACCAAAAUGCACCUUUUAAUUUAAGUAAUAUGCUGAAGUUGGUUGAAAGUUAUGAAUUUGUCUGUUUCUAUAUUUUUUGUCCACAAAGACGGGUAUGACAGCUUUCAGGAGGCUGAAUUUGUGGAAGGAAUGACAGAUAAAUACUGUGAAACUAACAGUUAUUUUUAAGCCUUUGCACAUGAAAUGUGGUGCUGUUGGCAACUGUGAAAUGCUUUCCGGAAUAGGUAAAUGGCUGUCUGGACCCUGUAAGACUCUCAUCAUACUUUUCUUUUAAAUCCUUUAGCAUUCUAACAGACUGCCACCAAAAUAAAAUAAUGUAAUGAUUACUGGUGCUGUGAAACUGCAAUUAUAAAAGUUUCAAUUAGUUGUAAUUAAACUGUUGCUCCGCAAAAAACAGCAUCAAUUUUGUGGCCAGUUAACAUCUAGUGUGGAUGGUAAAUGUAUAUGUUUUGCUUUGGGAGGGUAGCCUAAUGUUUAAGGUGUUUGCCUUACAAACGCAAGGUGCAGGGUUUGUGUCUCACAAGGGAUCA